GACGGCGGCGGCGGCGGCAUGCGGCUUCUCGCGCUGCCCAUCGUGGGCUGAGACGGCCGCAGCGCGGGCGGGAGGCGCGGCGGCCGGUGAGCCGAGGGCGCAGCCAGCCGGGCAGACCGCGGACAGCGGUCGGGGCGCCGCGCCAUGGGCCGAGCCGGGGGCGGGGGCCCGGGCCGGGGGCCGCCGCCUCUGCUGCUGCUUCUGGGGGCCGCGCUGGUCCUCGCCGCCCGGGCCGCGCCGGCCCGUGAGGCUGGCAGCGCCGUCGAGGCCCACGAGCAGGUGAAGAGCAUCCUGGCGAGGGAGCCGACUGCCAACGAAACGAGGGAGAAGGCCGGCCCACCAGCAGCUGAGGAAGAUGAGACCUCGUGGACCGCACCUGGCGGUGAGCAGGCCAUGAUGGGGCCUAGUGUCGGGCCAGAGGAGGUGCUGGAGGCGUCGGCAGCGGUGACCGGCGCACCCUGGCUGGAGGCUGACAGCCCUGGCCUGGGUGGAGUGACCGCAGAGGCCGGCAGCGGCGACACCCAGGCCCUUCCAGCCACGCUCCCGGCUCCCAAGGAGGCCCUGGGACAGUCAUCGAUGGCCCCCUCCAUCCCCAAGGCUACAGAGGCCAGCAGACCACCCUCCCCCACACCUGGCGACAUGUUGAGCCCCGGCCCAGAACACCCCAAGGAGAGUCCCUUGGAGGUUUGGUUGAACCUGGGAGGCAGCACACAUGACCCUCAUGGGCCAGAGCCCACAUUCCCCUUUCAGGGCACAAUGGAGCCCCAGCCAGCGUCAGAUAUAAUUGACAUCGACUACUUCGAAGGAUUGGACGGUGAGGGCCGUGGUGCCGACCUGGAGAGCUUCCCAGGGUCGCCAGGAACCUCAGAGCACCACCCUGAUACUGGGGGAGAGACCCCUUCCUGGAGCCUGCUUGACUUAUACGAUGACUUCACCCCCUUUGAUGAAUCUGACUUCUACCCCACCACAUCCUUCUAUGAUGACCUUGAUGAAGAGGAGGAGGAAGAGGAGGAUGACAAGGAUGCAGCGGGAGGUGGAGACCUGGAAGAUGAAAGUGACCUUCUGGUGCCUACCGAGAAGCCUGGUCUGGGGCCCGGGACUGGCCAGCCUACGAGUCGGUGGCAUGCUGUCCCCCCACAGCAUACUCUGGGGAUGGUCCCUGGCAGCAGCAUCGCCCUCAGGCCCCGCCCUGGAGAGCCAGGCAGGGACCUGACCCCAAGCGAGAAUGGCACUGAGUGCCGCAGCGGCUUUGUGCGACAUAACGGCUCCUGCCGGUCAGUGUGCGACCUCUUUCCAAGUUACUGUCACAAUGGCGGCCAGUGCUACCUGGUGGAGAACAUAGGGGCCUUCUGCAGGUGCAACACACAGGACUACAUCUGGCACAAGGGGAUGCGCUGCGAGUCCAUCAUCACCGACUUCCAGGUGAUGUGCGUGGCCGUCGGCUCAGCCGCCCUUGUACUGCUCCUGCUCUUCAUGAUGACAGUGUUCUUCGCCAAGAAGCUAUAUCUGCUCAAGACAGAGAAUACCAAGCUGCGUAGGACCAACAAAUUCCGGACCCCGUCUGAGCUCCACAACGAUAACUUCUCCCUCUCCACCAUUGCCGAAGGCUCUCACCCAAACGACCACCUAGGCAUCGGGGAUUACAGCAAAGAACAAAAUGGACCAAAUCCCUGCCCGAUGGAGCUUACUUCCCAGGGUCAUGAUGUGCAUACAAGCACAACAUGCCUUGUUUUGAGAGCGCCCUUAGGCUGGAACUUCUCCACACUCUGCUGCAAAUGAAGUCAGUUCCUUUGAGAAGAAACUUGGAGUUCCCUUUGCCUUCUCCUCGUCCCAGGCAAAAUCUCUGAGCUCCAGCUCAGGACAAUCUUAGGGACAGGGCCCCUCCGUCUCUGAAUGACCCCCUGCUCCAGGAACUGGAGGGAAGAAGCUUCAACUCUUCCCAGCUCGUCUCCACUUUAUGAGCCCGGGUGAGGACGCGAGGGCCCCAGUGUUCUCAGUGGCACUGAAGCCAUCUACAGCCUCUCACAUAAGAGGGACCUGAGCUGAGUAAGGGAGCUACAGCCUCAGGUGCACCCACCCAGAACUUAGCCUCAGCAACGGGGGAACGGAGUGGGGGGGGGUGUGGAGGGAAUACCCCAUGCUGCCCCUCACAAUUUCUGCUCUUUUUAUAGGAAAGAGCUGCAGAAAGUAGAAAUGUUACUUCAAUGCUGAUGAUGGUCACCUAGUGAUUUGAUAUCUUGUAACAUCCAAGCAAAAUAGUAAUGAUACCUUCAACAGUCCCCUAGAGGUCCACUUCUGGCUUGACAGUAUGAGGAGCUCUGCAGUCCCCUUCCCCAGUCCAGCUGGUGACAAUUAUAAAGUCUCUGGAGGGGCACCUGGGUGAUUCAGCCGGUUAUGUGUCUGACUUCAGCUCAGGUAAUGAUCUUGUAGUUGGUGAGUUCCAGCCCUGCGUCGGGC